AUGGCAAAACGAAAAUCCAACGAUAGCGCGCUCAUGCCGCACAAAAAAGCUAAGCGCAAUCACCCAACUGCAGCUGCUCUCGAUUGCCGGUCCCCCGAACUCAGUACCUCACAUAACCGUCUCUUGUCGCUUGAGAAACCUGUGGGACUCCGGAAGCGCAAGAGGACGCACGUUCUACUGAAUGACUCGUCAGAAGAACCACAUCUAGAGUCAGAUCCAAAAUCAGACGGAGGAAAAGAACCUUCAGCUAAACGAGCUCGACAAUGUUCAUCUGAUCCAGCAAGCUGCCCAGACUAUCCUCUUGUGCCGUGGCAAGGCCUUGAGGAGCAGCCACGUCUAGAAAAAGAAAAAUCACACUACGAUUUAACCCAGGCAUAUUUCCAACAAUCACACAUAAAUGCUAUGCGAUUUUUAAACGAAUACAGGCAAUAUGAGAGGGGUCCUAACCAUCGAAACCCCCUACCAAGUCCAGACCUCUCUGAUGACGAGGCAGCCGGAACCCAUGCAGCGAACUUUGCCAUCAUCGAGCCCUUUUCGAUACGAGAUGCUACGCCAUCGGCAUCAGUUACGCCUGUGCUCUCUCUCCAGAGCUCUAGAAAACGUGACGCGACACCACCUCGAAGGAAACAGCGGCAAUCUCACAGGCAGAAUAAAAAUAAGGCCGAGAAUGCUCUAAAUACGCGGGAUUUUUUGCGAUCCAUGCGAUCUUCUAGACGAAAUCCUGGAUGCAGCCUGUGGUAUCUCGCCGAUGACGGAAAAGCAUGCCCUGUGUUAUAG